UCUGUUUGUUUUUUUCAAAGCAACGCAUAGUCACAUAGUACACUCUGGUCUGAACUCUGAAUCUUUCUGGUGUCGUGUCCCAUUUGAAUUGAAUUGCAUCUUGAAAGAUGGCGGAGGAGGAGAAGCCAAAUGGAGAAGAACAAGUGAAGGACAACAACAACAACAACUUAUACGACGCCGUUCAGCGUCUGAUCUUGGAGCCUUCCAAGAUCAAGGCCUCUCUCAUCCCUCUCUUCCCCGAAGCUUCUAGAACCUACUCUCGCCAACUCCUCCACUGGUCCCGUCAAGGUUCUCCCCUCCGACGCAUCCUCUUCAUCUCCAUUGGGAUAGUUGCACUUGUUGCUCUCUCAGGACUUGUUGCUUUUACGCUCUUUUUUCUGGCUGCUACUGUAAAUGCCAUUUUCGUCUCCCUUCUCAUUUCUUUGGCUGUGGCUGGAGGCUUCUUGGUUCUGUUCUUUGCUUUUGUGACAGCUAUAUAUAUUGGAGCACUAUCACUGGCCAUCUUUGCUAUUUCCACCGUCACUUUUUGGGCUGUUGUGGCUAUUAUCAUUACUGCUGGAUGGGUUGGAUUCCUUUAUACCGUGUGGCUGGUAACUAGCAAGAGCCUUGGAUUGGCAAAGCAAUCUUUGAGUGUGACUGGCUCUGCAAUUACUACUUACUCAGCUGCUUGGGGUACCCGUAACAUUGCAGACAAAAAUUCAAUUUAGGUGCCGGUCACAUAUAGAAGGUUGUGCACAAAUCUUACACAAACAUGUUUUUUGGAUGGCAAAAGCUUCUUCUGUUGACUGGUAGAGUCUCAUAUCCUUCAUCUUGCUCAUGGUUUGGUUUCAGUGGCUUUCAAUAGCAUGCUUGUAUUAUGUUAAUAAAAUGCCACAGUUUGGUUUCAUGUGUUUUAGUCGGAGUAGUGUUGAUAAAAUUCCUGGUUGUAUGUAUUGUGCUUCAAAUUUCAAUUUUUAAGUUGGAAAAACAAGUGCUUUUACUUUAUUUACCUAUGUUGCCACCUGGUAUUGUACAACUUGUAGACUUGAUGAAAUUGGACUGCUGUGUUAAAUGAUGUAAUUUUGGAACGAGUUGUAAAUUGUAAUUGCUGCAUUUGUGUGAGCAAGAAUGUUUAUGCAAUAUUAGAGCAGCUAACAGUCAAAUAUGGCAAAGUUGAGAUAUCUUAUAUAUAGUUGAAA